CCUUCUUUGUGUUUUUUGUUUUUAAUACAUUUUCAUGGGAAGCUCUCAACUUCAUGUUGCUCUCCUCUCGAGUCCCGGCAUGGGUCACCUUAUCCCCGUGCUAGUGCUCGGAGACCACCUCGCCGCCCGCCAUAACGUGAAAGUCACCGUUCUCGCCAUCACCACCUCAGCGGAAACUCAAUUUCUUAAAUCCCAUAUGAAAAGUAGUAGCCCCAUAGACAUAGUCCCCGUCCCCGCCAUCGACGUCUCCGCUCUAAUCGACGAGAAAACUAAAAUCAUCCCUCAGAUACGGAUAACAGUCCGGGAGGCACUUCCGAACGUCCGGUCCAGCAUCGCCGCCAUGGACCGCCGCCCUGACGCCCUCAUCGUCGACCAUUUUUGUACCCAAGCAUUGUCCAUUGCCGAGGAAUUGGGGAUUCCGAGGUACGCUUAUUAUCCGUCCACGGCGUGGACCGCAACUCUGAGCAUGUAUCUUCAGGUGUUUGAUAGGACUAUCGAGGGGGAGUUCGCGGACCGGAUUGAACCGUUGAGGAUCCCCGGGUGCAUGCCGGUCCAACCGGAAGAUUUUUUUGAUACCUUGCUGGACCGGAGCGACCAGCAAUACCGCGAAUAUGUUAAUCUAGGGAUAGAGUACACCCAGUUUGACGGGCUAUUGAUGAACACCUGGGAGGAAUUGGAGCCUAACACCGUUAAAGCUCUAAGAGAAAAUGAGGAGUUACGGGCUGUGGUGAAAGUACCUGUAUACCCUAUAGGUCCGUUGAAGAGAAAGGUGGAGGCCAAGAAUGAGGGCGAGGGCAGAGACGAGAUUUUGAAGUGGUUGGAUAGGCAACCGGUGGAGUCGGUUUUGUACGUGUCGUUUGGGAGCGGAGGAGUCUUGACCGCGGAGCAAACGGCGGAGUUGGCUUGGGGGUUAGAGAAUAGCCAGCAAAGAUUCAUUUGGGUGGUCCGGCCGCCCUGUGACGGCGGUCCCGACAGCUACCUCGCCCCCAAAUUAGAAACUGGGGAUGAUGCCUGUGGCCCGGAUUACCUGCCAGACGGGUUCCUCUCCCGGACUCGGGAUGUGGGAUUUGUGGUCCAAAUGUGGGCUAACCAGGUGGAAAUAUUGACCCACCCAUCAGUGGGCGGGUUUCUGUCUCAUUGCGGAUGGAACUCGACUCUGGAAAGCUUGACGAACAAGGUGCCAAUCAUUGCAUGGCCGCUUUACGCGGAGCAGAAGAUGAACGCGGCCAUGCUGGCGAAGGAAGUCGGGGUGGCCGUGAGGCCAGCGGUGGCGCCGACGGUGAAGGUGGUGGGGAGAGAGGAGAUAGAGAGAAUGGUGAGAAUUCUAUUGGAGCAUAAUGAAGGGAAAGGCAUUAGGGAGAAAGUGAAGAAAGUAAAAGGUAGCGGCGAAAUUGCACUAAGCAAAGGCGGAUCUUCCUACAAUUCCAUGUGUGAGCUGCUGAAAGAUAUUGAUACAAGAAUGCACACUCGGACAUUGCACUAA